UAUGAAUUUCCCGUUGAUGAGCAUUGGCGUAAAUUAUGGGUGAAUGCUGUCAAGAGAAAUGUUUCAACACAGCAUGAUCAUGAUUAUUUAAGUAGACUGGCCGAGGCUAUUGAUAAUUUGACAAGUCAACAUCCUGGGUUUUCUACAUUCUUACAUGACUACAAUACAGCAAUUCAGAAAGCUACAGCAUAUGAUGAACAUAACCAGAAAGUGCAAAUAUUGACUUUAUAUAAUGUAAAAGAUGAUGACAAUUUAUUUCGAUAUUUUACUGGUUUUCCUACGUAUUCAGUGUUUUUAGCCUUAUUUAAUUAUUUAGAAGACAAAGUUAUAGAUAUGAAAUAUGAUAAAGGAAGUAAAACCUACGAAUAUAAUUUUUUUAGUAAUCGGUACAUUUCUAAGCCAGGCAAGAAAAGAGCUUUAACUUUGCAAGAUGAAUUUUUUAUAACAUUAGUCAGAUUGAAAUUAGGCUUGCCUUCAAAAGAUUGUUCAAAGCGAUUUGGUAUUUCUGAAUCUUCAUUUUCAUCCAUAUUUAGAACGUGGACGACACUGUUAUCAAAAGAACUUACAAAUUUAUGUGAAUUACCUUCAAUUGAAUCUGUUGUGCAAACUAAAGCUUCCUGUUUUAAAGAUUUUAAUAAUAUUGCAAUUAUUAUAGAUUGUACAGAGUUGUUUAGUGAGACUUCUUCUUCAUUAACCGCUCAUAAGCAAUAUCAUUCUAAUUAUAAGCAUCACAGUACAGUGAAAUUUAUGGUUGGUAUCAGUCCAGCAGGAGCGGUAACAUAUGUGUCUCAAAUGUAUGGUGGUAGGGCUUCCGACAAAUUUAUUACAAAUGAUUCUGAAAGUUUAUUAUCUUAUCUCGAUCCAGGGACGAGCAUUAUGGCAGACCGAGGCUUUACGAUCUGCGAUGAUUUACCUGCUGGUGUUCAGUUAAUUAUCCCCCCUUUUAAACCCAAAGACAAGGCCCAAUUUUCUAAAGAUGAAGUACUAAGAAGUAAAAAAAUAUCAGAGGCCCGUGUUCAUAUAGAAAGGACAAUAAGGCGUAUUAAACAGUUUUUCUUGCUAGAGAAUGAGGUCAAGUUGGCCAUGAUAGGAAAUUACGAAAAUAUUUUUCGUACCUGUGCUUACCUUGUAAAUUUUCAAGAUCCUUUUCUCAAAGUAUAGGCUUUUAAAAUUAAAACAAACUGAAGACAUUUUUGAAGUUGUGAAGUAAUAAAUUUCUAUUGUUAACAGUAAUAACACUUAUAAUAUUAAAAAUAUAACAUAAUGUUGUCAACAAACAUGUAUAAAUUAAGUCACUAUGAAAACCUUCGGUCAUUACAAUUGUUUUAUAUAUUUUAUCAACAAACAUGUAUAAAUUCAGUAAUUAAGCCACUAUUUACAAUUAAAGAGGAAACCUAUCGGUCAUUACAGUUUUUUUUAUAUAUAUUUUGUCAACACACAUGUAUAAAUUCAGUAAUUAAGCCACUAUUUACAAUUAAAGA